AUGGCGGCCCAUACUCAAAACCAGCGGAAGCUCAUAAUUGCCUCAAACCGCCUCCCACUUUCCGUCAAGCCCAAGGACGGCAGUUACGAGGCGACUACAUCGAGCGGAGGCUUGGUGACUGCCUUAAAGGGUUUGAGUUAUUCUGACUACCUGUGGCUAGGCUGGCCAGGGGUCGAAAUCGAUGAACGGGACAGAGGUAGUGUUGAUGAAGCCUUGGCCAAAGAAAAUGCCGCUGCAGUAUACCUGGAGGAGAAUUUGGCUCAGAAUCAUUACAAUAGAUUUUCCAAUGGUGUUCUGUGGCCCACGCUACAUUAUCAGUCGGAAGUUUCCUUUGACAACGAGACGUGGGACUCGUACCAGCGUGUCAAUCAGAUCUUCGCUGAUCGGAUCAGUGAGGAGGCGGCGGAUGGCUUUUCUCUUCACACUCCCUUCCCAGCAGAUGAUUUCUGGAGAGGCCUUCCUGUUCAAAAACAGUUGCUUGAUGGUGUCCUUGGUAGCGACAUCAUCGGCUUCCAUACGGACGAGUACAAGGCGAACUUUGCUGGCGCUUGCGGCUCUCACCUUGGAGCGGAAGUUGAAGGCGGCAAUAUCCACUACAACGGUCGUACUAUUCACUUUGAUAAAUACGUCGUGGGGAUUGACUGUCAGAGAUUCGCUGAUACAAUCGAGGAACCUGAGGUUCAGACUAGAAUCCAAGAGCUCGAGGCGCAAUAUAAGGAUAAAACGAUCAUAAUCGGCGUGGACCGCAUGGACUAUACAAAGGGAUUGCCUGAAAAAAUGGAAGGCUUCCGAGUCUUUCUCGAUGAACACCCCGAAUUGAGCGAAAAGGUUGUGUUAAUUCAGAUCGCCAUUCCGAGUCGUGAAGAUGUCAAGAAGUACCAGGACCUAGAGGCAGAAGUGAGCAAGCUUGUGGGCCAAAUCACUGGCAAGUAUGCUACACCGCAAUCGACACCAUUGCUUUACAUCCACCGCUCAGUCUCCUUUGCGGAGCUUACAGCUCUGUACUCAGUGUCUGAUGUCUGUCUCCUCACUUCACGCCGAGACGGGAUGAACCUUGUUGCUUCCGAGUACGUCGCUUGCCAAGAGGCCCGACACGGCGUAUUGGUACUCUCUGAAUUUACCGGUGCAGCAGCUUUCAUGAAACACGGCAGUCUGUUGUUCAAUCCUUCUAAUGCAGAUGGCCUCUCGAAGGCACUUUACGAUGCUGUUACAAUGGAGAAGAAAGACAGGAAGAAAAUGUAUGAAGAGUUGCGGAGUUUCGUCACCACCAACACCAGUGCGAAAUGGACCGAGGCGUUCCUUGGAGAUUUGAUGAGACUGCGUGAAUAG